AGACGGUCUCGCAGCUGUGGAAGGGGACUGUGCAUAUGGCAGCCUCCGAACCUACAUGGAGUGAAUUUACCACUAGGCGUGUCAGUGCCAGUGCCAUGUUGAACUCGGAGCCGAGGUAGUUAAUUAGGGCUCGUUAUGAUCAUAUUCGUCAAGGCUCUUACCCCAAGCGGUCCGGAGUGUGCUGUUAAGGUAGGAAGUCAAGCAACCAUAUGGGAACUGAAGCACCAAGUGUCUCUCCAGCUUGAUAUACCUCCUUCCCAGCAGAGGAUUGUAUUCAGGGGGAAGACUCUGGAGAAUGAUAAUACUAUCACAUCAUAUGGUAUCCCAGAUGGAGCUAAGGUCCACUUGUUCCCUGUGAAGGACAACACUGCCUCAUCAACUCCUCAAGGACCUCUUUGGAGUGAACUGAAAAAAUUCCUGGAGGAACGUUUCUCUGAGAGUGAUGCUGACAAGGUUAUGAGAGAGUUCCAAAAGAUUUUCCAACAAAGUGUGGAGUCUCUCAGUUUGGAUGAUGUGGAGCGCAUCGCAUCAGACUACCUCAAAGGGAAUCCAUGCAUGAAUACUUUCAAAUAA